AUGGCGAGUAGUAGAGCGCUAGACGGGAAGCAAGGAUGUGGGCGCGCGCGCUGCUAGUCGCACUCCUCAGCUGCUACUGCCGCUGCGACCUCGCUCAAGAUGCGGACAUACCAGAUGAUAAUACAUCGGAAAUGCUAGCCGAGGGUGAAGAAAGGAUAAGCAAAAAAAUUAUACAAAUCUUAGAACACUUCAAACAGCCGGACCCGAUUGGGAUCCCGGGCGCCGACAUCCCGGAGCCCUACCCGGUGCCCAAUAUGAAGCAGACGAUCUCGUUCGGCACCACUCUCCACUUCACGAACACGGCAGUCUACGGAAUCAGCAAAUUCCGAAUACUCCACGUGGACGCUGAAAUUGGAGCUAUGGAGGUGAACGCGGCUAUGCUGAUAGAUAAGCUGCAGGCCCGGGGCAACUACACCAUGUCGACGUGGGUGAACAAGGCGCAGGGGCCCUUCACGGUGGACGUCACCGGCCUGCGCCUCACCGCCAAGGCCAACCUUGGCGUAGAACGCGACGGCAAGCUCAGAGCUCAAGACAUCCUCAUGGAUAUCUCCUUUAACACGAUAUCCAUGAAUUUCCAGAACCUAGGCUUAUUUGGAGCCAUGUUCCAAGGAAUUGUAAAUUCUGUCGGAAACUUUUUAUUCGACUCCAUCAAGCCAUAUAUUCUUAAAGAAGCUUACACUAAAGCUAGGGCUGAAAUAAAUAAAAAAUUAGAUGAAGUCGCGGGAGACAUGCAGUUCCCUAACUCCAUAUCACCGUUAGACAUGGUGAUAGCGGAUGCGAGAAGAAAAGUACGCGAGAUGGAAAUGGACCCAUACAAAGUAAACGAUUAUAAUGCUACAGUUAGUAUAUUUUCUGUAUCUUUAUCUAAUACCUGGGUGACAGGUGCAUCAUCGUUUCAUCGCGUCGGAAAUAUUACUUUAAAGAUGCAGAACAAUACUGUCAUAGCAGAUUUUGAAAUAGGCACUCAAAAAUUGGAAGGCACGACGCAAUGGGAUAUAGCUGCCGUCGGCGGUCUGCUGUCCAGAGCCGGCACCGCCUCCUUUUCAGUGGAGUACAUCAUCGGGAGAGUCGUCGUCGCACAGCCGCUCGACACUAGGGAGAAACCCGAAUUCAGAAACGUGGACCUAGAGGUCGGUAACAUUCAGGUGCGGUGCAAUGGUGCCGGCACUCUCGACUACCUUAUUGAAUUCGUUGUCAAUAUAUUGCCUAAUCUGCUGAGAUACCAGAUUAUGGAUGCCUUAGAAGGUCCUAUAAAAGAAAAGAUUCAGGCAGAACUAAACAAAAUUAACGUCGAAGAAACUAUUAAACAGGAGUUACCAGAGUUGGACAAAAUGCAGGCACAAGGCUUAAAGUUAUCUGCUAUAAGAGGCGCUCCCACUACUGCUGAAUCAUACGACGAAGAUGAUUUCUUUAAUUUUUAAUGGAUAACACCCUUAAGUUAUUUAUGUAGAUACGUGUAUAAAUUAGAAAAAAUAUUAGUUUUAGUGUGUA